AUGGGCUUAGUCUGCAGCAGAAGUCGGCGUUAUCGGGAUUCUGAUCCUGAAGAAAAUGCACAGGCAGCAGAAAUUGAGAGAAGAAUAGAGUCAGAAACAAAGGCGGAAAAACAUAUUCAGAAACUUCUACUACUAGGUGCGGGAGAGUCGGGGAAAUCUACCAUCUUUAAGCAGAUUAAACUUUUGUUUCAAACUGGCUUCGAUGAGGCUGAGCUAAGAAGUUACACACCGGUCAUUUUUGCUAAUGUGUAUCAGACUAUAAAAGUUCUGCAUGAUGGGGCAAAGGAGUUGGCUCAAAACGAUCUUAAUUCUGCAAAGUAUGUUAUAUCCGAUGAGAGAAAGGAAAUUGGUGAAAAACUUUCAGAAAUUGGAGGCAGGAUGGAUUAUCCACAUCUUACCAAGGAUCUUGCAAAGGAAAUAGAGACUCUAUGGGAGGAUGCUGCCAUUCAGGAAACAUACGCCCGUGGUAAUGAACUUCAAGUUCCUGAUUGUACCAAAUAUUUCAUGGAAAAUUUGCAGAGGUUGUCUGAUGCAAAUUACGUUCCAACAAAGGAGGAUGUUUUGUAUGCAAGAGUUCGUACAACUGGUGUUGUGGAGAUCCAGUUCAGCCCUGUUGGAGAAAAUAAGAGAAGUGGUGAAGUCUAUAGACUCUUUGAUGUUGGUGGCCAGAGAAAUGAGAGGAGAAAAUGGAUUCAUCUUUUUGAAGGAGUUACAGCUGUUAUAUUCUGUGCUGCAAUUAGCGAAUAUGAUCAAACACUUUUUGAGGAUGAAAGCAAGAACAGAAUGAUGGAAACUAAGGAACUUUUUGAAUGGAUCCUGAAGCAACCAUGUUUUGAGAAAACAUCCUUCAUGUUAUUUUUAAACAAGUUUGACAUAUUUGAGAAGAAGAUCCUGAAUGUUCCACUCAACGUAUGUGAAUGGUUCAAAGAUUAUCAGCCAGUUUCAUCAGGGAAACAAGAGAUUGAGCACGCAUAUGAGUUUGUGAAGAAAAAGUUUGAGGAAUUGUACUUCCAGAGCUCUGCUCCUGACCGUGUAGAUCGUGUCUUCAAGAUCUAUCGAACCACUGCCCUUGAUCAGAAGGUUGUGAAGAAGACUUUCAAGCUUGUUGACGAGACGUUGAGGCGGAGGAAUCUUUUUGAAGCGGGAUUAUUAUGA